GGUAAUCUUGAACGUAAUGUUUUCAAGUCUGCCCAACGGUGGCGCUCUCGUAGUUGUAGUUGUAGGUAAUAGCUCUCGUCUUCCAACUUGAUGGAUGAUGGAUCUAGGCACCCAGGUACCUCUAGUGAACGACGCCGGGUGGAAAUGAUGAACGGCGAAUUGGAGAUACAGAGGCUUAGUGGCGAUUGGCAACUCCAAACCAACUACACAACCCAGAGUUUGUCGGAUUUCUGCGCAUUCGUUUGUCGAUGAGGUGACUCCAAGGCG